AUGUUAGAUCCAUUUUUAAAAACACGAAGACAUUUACAAAGUCACAUUGACAGCAUUAAAGCCGUCGUAUUUAUGAUUAAAUCCGAGAACGAACUUACUAUGGUACCGUCCCGCAGAAAAGCCAAAAAUCAACAAAUUGACUAUGGAUUUUCCAUUCAAUUGAUUAAUAAAGUUUCUUUUCACCUUAGCGAGUUCAUACAUCAGUAUUUAUCAUCCAUGUUUAUGAAGAUAGGAGACUGUCAGCAUUAUCAUACACGGCUUGGAGGCCGCACACCCCGCAUAUUACUGUUCGUUCACCUUACAAUGAAACAAAAGCUAAGGAAUAAAAACUCACCUUUCGCAGGAUUAGUCAUUCGUGUAGUUAUUAACCUAUUAAAUAUAUUAAAGAGAUGGUUAACAUGUUUGUCAAGCAAGUAUAAAAUAGGCAACGACGGCCUCAAUCCGAAUACUAAACGAGCAAUAUCAUCAGCAAUUCAGGACGCAGAUCCCAGGCCAUCAAUCAGUCGCUGA